AUGACCUUCCUUGCUCACACGAAGUCGCCUCUAUUCAACCCUGACCGCAAUCCGAUUCUUCACUCGCUUCUCAAGCACACCUUCUACGCCCAAUUCUGUGCUGGCGAGACGCCAUCAGAGGUCCGAAGGACAAUUUCAGAUUUGAAGAGGACCGGCUUCGAGGGGGUUAUAUUGGGUCACGCAAAAGAGGUGGUCCUGAGUAAAGAAGAGGCCGAGGGAUUGGUGGUUCCCAAGAACGCUUCAGAACAAGCACACGUUGAUGCUGAGGAGAUUGCCACGUGGAGACAGAACACCAUCGACACGGUGGAUCUCGCUCAGCAGGGCGACUUUGUUGCACUGAAAUUCACGGGAGCUGGACGUCAAGCCCUUCGACAUCUCAAGGCGACCAUUGCGUGUUCACCAGAGUUCGAGGAGGCUGUACAUGAUAUCUGCAAACGAGCUCAAGAGAAAGGGGUCAAACUUCUGUUUGAUGCCGAACAGGCAUCGUUGCAACAAGGCAUCGACAAUUGGACAAUGUACUUUGCAAAGCGGUACAACCGCGAACAAGCAUUGGUAUACGGCACCUACCAGGCGUAUGCUAAAAAGACGCCACAAAAUCUGGCACGGCAUCUUGAGCUAGCUCGAACAGAAGGCUUCGUGCUCGGGGUGAAGCUGGUGCGAGGAGCCUACAUGGGAAGUGAUCCUCGCGAGCUGUUCUGGCCCACCAUCGACGAGACCCACAAUUGCUACAACGGCAUCGCGAGGAGCAUCCUGCAACGGCGAUACCAGGGCAUCCUGCAGCCUGUGGAGGGAGGAUCCACGGAAUUCCCUCGGGUUGCUCUCGUGCUCGCCACCCACAACGCUGAAUCGGUCAGACUAGCCAGCGAACUUCGAGAUGAGCAAGCUCGUACUGGCGAGCCCCGGAUCGAACUGGCAUAUGGCCAACUGAUGGGGAUGGCGGACAACGUCAGCUACGAGGUGGUACAGCGGGCAAGGACCCGUUUAGCGUCGCACGACAGCAACCACAGCGUGGAGGUUCCCAAGGCAUAUAAAUACUUGGUUUGGGGCAAGAUGGGGGAGUGUAUGAAAUAUCUCCUUCGCCGUGCCCACGAAAAUCGAGAUGCUAUGACCAGGACAAUCGAGGCAAGACGGGCAUUGGGUCGGGAGUUGGGCAUCAGGAUGGCGUUCUGGCGCUCACCGAGACAAGACUCUACGAUUGGAAGAUGA